AUGGCCGAAGUGACCUUGAGUGCCGAAACCACGACCAAGGCUCCCAAGGACAAGAACUGCCCUUACUGCGGCCAGGCAUUCACCUCAUCCUCGCUUGGAAGACACCUUGACCUGUACAUCAAGGAGAAGAACCCCAAGGCACCCGAUGGCAUUCACAACGUCGACGAGAUCCGGAAAAUCCGGGGCGGCAUCACACGACGGCAUCACAAGGGCAGCAGGAGAGCCAGCUCAGAUCCCGCGGCCAGUCAUGCCGGAUCCAGACGCAGUCCAGAGGUCUCUGAUGCCGAGUCGGCAGCGGCAAAAUCACCAGGUAUGCCAACGGAGAAGCAGUCCGCAGCGGACUUGACCAAGGGUUUAGCGACCUUUACUGCCCCAUGGGAGACAACCGGGGUUAUUAACAACAUCCCUGAAGCAGAAGCUGGAGGAGGAAGCGCAGACGCCGUCCGGAGGGCAAACACACAAAGGGCCCAUAGCAGACAGAUGAUGAAGUCGUCCUUCGAGGUCAAGCAAAAAGUUCAGGAUGCUCUCGACCGGGCCAGAGCUGCUGAGUUGGCACUGCGGGAAAUCCUCAGCUCGUGGAGGGCCGCAAAGUAG